AUGGUCAAGAAUGUUGCUUAAGAGAGUGUCAAUUAAAAACUUUAAUUGGUGGUUAGAUCAGGAAAGAUCACCAUGGGUUACAAAUAAACCUUGAAGGCCAUUAGAAAUGGAACAGCCAAGCUUGUAUUCAUCUCAAACAAUUGUCCAACAAUCAGAAAGACCCAAAUUGAAUACUAUGCCAUGUUGGCUUAGAUCACCAUUGUUUUAUAUCAAGGAAACAACGUCGAUUUAGGUACGGGGGUUAUUUGGGAGGCUUAGCUCUUCCUAAUUGAGUUUAUGGGCAUGAGUGAUUUUAUCUUAUUUUAGGUACCGCCUGUGGUAAAUUACACAGAUGCUCAAGUUUAGCCAUCAUUGAUGCUGGAGAUUCUGACAUCUUAACAUAAUAAUGAUACAUUUUUUAUUAGUACAAUAUUAUAAAUCAUAAAAAUUCCGUCAAAUCCAAUAUUGGAAUCAAUAAAAUAUAUUAAGAACAUCAUAUAAAAGAUGAAAGUUUUGUUCUUUAUGUACAUAUUGCUGCAAAUUCUUAAUUACAAUUAUCAAUUAUUUAAUAUUUCUUCUUAUACUCUUAUUUUUUUUGUUUAGUACUCAUUUGUUCACUUUUUGUGA